CCUCUAGAGCGCCGCGGGACAGAAUCGUCCGGUGGGGACCGGGACAGCGCAUCGAGAAGUGCCCUGGCCCAACGCCCGCAGGAACCUGAACCCCUGGGCCAGCGCUGCCUUCUCUCCGAGAGGUCUCUAGCAUCUGCACUGUUAAAGCCCUCUGAGCCUCAGGGCAGAUUGACGACCCUUACAGAUCAGACAGUUGGAUGCGACCACCGCCGGAAAUUCCCGGGAAUUGAGUCUUGGCUCCGAUUCCAAAACAAAUGCUUCCUCACAAGUCCAGAUCUCUGUCAUUGGCGUUAGGAUCUGGUCACCUGACCUAUUUAAGCCAAUGAGAGGCGGCUGAAUUAGUACUUCCGCUUUCCGUUGUGUUAACGAGCCACUGUGCCCGUCCCACGGAUACUCUGAUUGGCCAGCUUCCCUCAGCUCGUCAGUUUAUUGGCCAGCGCCGCUAGGCCGCGAUCAAGCCGGGUCCGAGAGCUGUGUCAGACGACUGGGCAGCCAUGGCGUCCUAUUUCGACGAACACGACUGCGAGCCGUUAGACCCCGAGCAGGAGACUCGAACCAACAUGCUGCUGGAGCUCGCAAGGUCACUUUUCAAUAGGAUGGACUUUGAAGACUUGGGGUUGGUAGUAGAUUGGGACCACCACCUGCCUCCACCAGCUGCCAAGACUGUGGUUGAGAACCUCCCCAGGACGGUCAUCAGAGGCUCUCAGGCUGAGCUCAAGUGCCCCGUGUGUCUUUUGGAAUUUGAGGAGGAGGAGACUGCCAUUGAGAUGCCUUGCCAUCACCUUUUCCAUUCCAGCUGCAUUCUGCCCUGGCUAAGCAAGACAAAUUCCUGUCCCUUGUGCCGCCAUGAGCUGCCCACUGAUGAUGACACCUAUGAGGAGCACAGACGAGAUAAGGCUCGAAAACAGCAGCAGCAGCACCGACUGGAGAACCUCCAUGGAGCCAUGUACACGUGAGGAGGCUGGGGCUGAGCACCGGCCCUCUGCGUCUUCCUUACAAACCUUGAAUCCUCAUUAAAGGUUUCUGUACUCACCCUGA